CUCCUAUUAGCAUUAGAAUUUUUUCUCUUCUAUUCUCCAUAUUGUACCUAACUGGUCGCCAGUCUAGUUAUGUUAUAGCUGCUGCCAUUCAGAAACCUUAAUACCCUGAGACAAACGCACUCACUCAAAUCACGGGACAUAAAUUCAUAAACAACUAGUCACUGGCAAUUGCCAAAUAAUUAAAGCUGUAUCGAAAGAAUAAGGCUGAAAGCAGUCGAUUAAUAUAUGCAAUUUGUGAAAGAAAUGUUGGGAAACGGAGACUUAGACAAUCUUUAUUGAUUUACUGUGAAAACUUUCUGCUGCUCCUUUAGUUUAUACAGUUUCUGCAUAGAGGUAGUCGAUGUUAAUUGUUGAUAUCUCAUCCUAUUAUUUGUACAUAUACGUGACUUGUCAAUAUGAACAACUUUUUCUUAACUUAUUUACAUGUUUCUCUGCUGUGGAUUCAUUUUGUGAAACCAAAGACACUUAAAAUCGACACACAAGAUUGUUUUGGAUUGCCCGAAAAACCAUUCAUAAUUUUUGGUGCAGUUGUUUCACAUACAAAUGCAAUCGGCAGAACCCUAUGUUAUUUUCAACCAUCAGACCAAAACCAGUAUUUGAGCAUUUAUCCUACGAAACUAAACUUACCCAGUCAGUUUGGAACUUGUCCUACCAUUCAGAUCAAAGAAUUCACAUCUGUUCGAGACGAAAUUAUUGAUAACAGUGAUGUAAAUAUGAUUAUACCGAUGAGAGUUCCUGACGAUACAAAGUCAAUUUUUCAAGCCAACUGUACAAACUAUGCAUCUUUGCUAGAUAAAACGGUGCGUACAUCAUCACCAAAUAUGAAAAUACAAAUUUUAUUUGACCCAGCUAAUUCUGCUCCAUCAGAUGUUUCCUAUCAAUUUGUAAUAUCAUCAUACGUUUUAGGACCGUCAUACAACUGUCCAUCAGAUACGUUUCGUUGUUGGGAUGCAGCUACAAAUUGUAUUCCCGAUUCUCUUACAUGUGACACUAUUGCAAAUUGUCAUGAUGGAUCAGAUGAAAAUGGUUAUUUAUGCACUGGAAGAAUCAACGGCAUCCCUAUUCCAUUAUUUGGAAUUAUUAUCGCUAUAUCGAUUUUUGGACUUAUUCUCCUGGUGUUAUCUAUUGUCUUUGUUCUUCGUAAACAAAGGAAGCGUAAGCGUAAAGGAGAGCAAACGUGGAUAGACAUGACUACACAACCUUCAGCUAACGUACAUCAGUCUCUGCUUACUGAAAGGACAUGACAAACUGAUGAUCGGAAAUUUGAAACAUUCUUCGAGGAUGAGAAAAUAAAUCUGUGCAGCCCCACUUCUGCUAUAAGAAAUAAUUCUUGCUUUUAUACUAUCAGUGUAUACAACUUGUAUAUCAACAGGACAUGUGAUUGUUAUAUAUGUAUAACAGUAUCUAU